CUUGGAUUCUUCAUUCUCCAUUUAUACCCUAUAUUCCCCACACGAACAGCCGAGUCGGCACAAAAGUCCAAGUCCACGUCGAGUGUAUCCAUCCAUCCAUGUUCACCCCUCUCUCAAAAGGCUCAGAGCAUGUCCAAGAUACAUUAUGGGACAACUCGUCCCCGCGUAAAACACGUAUCCGCCCGUUGGUAUCCAGCGUCCUCAAGUCCAACGCUGGCUCCGGCUCCGGCUCUAAUACCGUCUCUCAUACAGACCACGGUCCCUCUGUACGUCCUGGGCCGAGUCUCACCGGCACCGAUAACCGCACCGACAACCGCAACCGCACCGGCAACCGCAAGCGCACCGGCGAUGGGGAGGGGAACCAUCAUGGUAAAACGCAAGGGACGAGUUUACCCGCCCGCAGCAGCUGGUUGGCGCCUGUCCCUCGGUCUGCGGGUAGGUCUCGUCAAUGUAAAGCUGUAGCCGCAGGCGUCGACGAUGGCGAUGGCGAUGGCAAUGGCGAUGGCGAUGGGUUGGUGGUAAUCGCUGGUGGAAAGGGGAUGGAGGGAGAGGGCGAGGGAGAGGGAGAAAACGGUUCGCGCAAUGGGAUAAGGAGGGGGACGACACUUUCGCCGGGGAGGAGACGGAGACGGUCAUUCUCUAAUCGUGGGGCCUCGCGGACCGGGGCGGGCACAGAGAUGGAGGAUGAAAAGGAAACUCUGCUCUCGCUAUUUUUCCAACCUCGACGAGAAAGAGUAGAAGGCUGGAUGGAUUCGUUUUGGAAGCGACAUGCCGUGCUCGUCAUCGUCCCUUGUCUCAUCGUUUGGAUAUGGCUCGCCGUCCCGUUCCCGGUUUCAGACCCGUACAAAGAUGAUCCCUUUCCCGAGAUACCUUCAUGGCCGAAACGACCCAAAAAUGAGGACGGAGAUGGAGGAAACUCGUCGACGAUGAAUCCUGGUGAACGAGGAGAGGGGGAAGAAGGCGAUGGGACGAGUUUACCGCUGGAUGUGAAUUUUUAUUUCUUCUUGUUCUGGUAUUUUGGAAUGUAUAUCGCCGUAGCGUUAUUCUUCAUCACCAACCUCUUCUCUCUCUACCGCCUCAAUUGGUGGCCAUCUCGUCUCGGCGGUAAACUAAGCUACACCCUCUCAUGGUCGCUCACACUCCUCAUCGGCUUACUCACCCAUCAUCUCGACCUGUUUUACCUCCGUAAAAGGUGGAAGGGGAGAGAUCCGGGAGAUGAUGAUGUAGAGUGGGAGCGGAAGACGUUUUGGGUGGUACUGAGUUUUGUAGCGAUGCUCAUGCCCGCCGUCGCAUGUUUCUCGAAACUGAAAAGAGAUAAGAGACAUACUUAUCGACAUCCCCUACCUGCAGUCUACCAAACGUUUUUCGGCCAAGCGUUCUCCAGGAGGUUUCCAGCUUCUUGGGUUCGGUUUUUAUGGUUUAUGACAUCGUUGGCGAUCGCCUCUUUCUCACUGAUUGUGGGGCAAGCAUAUGCGAGUCUGUUCUUGACGACCUUGCCUCAUACCUCGCUUGAUGCUGGUACAUGGGUAUGGUCUUGGGUUAUCACCGUCCAAUUGUUGGCACAGGCAUCAUUCUUCAUUCUUGGAGCCAAAGUACGAAGUCGUGCUUUGCUUUUCAUAUACAGACUCUUCUUCCAAUUGGUUUACCACGUCUUUUACCGUAACCUCUUCGCCCGUCUGCGUUCGCCCACCCAAUUCGCCACAGUCCAACUUCUCUCCUCCAUCUCCACCAUCCUCAUCUUCCCUAUCCAAAUGUCCCGCCCUUGGCAUCGCCUACUGCAGAUUAUAAUUGGCUACCCUAAUCCGUGGGAGGAGCAUGUAGAAAAUGUGGCGAUGGGGUUUUAUUGUAGAGGUCUGGCGCAGAAUGUGACGAUGGUUGGGUUCUUGGGAUGGUUAUCGAUACUCCACUUUGGCCCCAACUCCCAGCUGUACCCCUUUUUCCGAUUCCACCCUACCCCCGAAGAUCCAUAUACCUUUCCAAUGACCUUUAUCGCUUCAUGCGUCAUCUGGAGCUCCGAAUUAGUCAGCUCGUUUAUCGCAAGACAGAUCAUGAGUUAUGCGUUCGGAGUCAAUGUCUCGCAGAUUGGAAUUGAUGAAAUGAAAGACUAUCCGGAAUUAGUACCAGCAUGUGGCUGGGCUUCUGUUCAUGUCUCAAUGAAUAUCCUUUUAUUCCUCAUCAAGCUCAACUUUAGAUAGAUAUGUAGAGUGAUAUAUUUUGUAGUUUUUCACUUGUAUACUGCAUAAACUAAUGAUCAAUGACUUAAUGAUGCAAACCAUCAUUUGUGUUUAUAUACAUGGCGUAUCUGCAAUGACCUUGAGCACCUA